AUGGCUUCCUAUGCGGCUGAGCAGGCAAAGCCUCUUUACCGUGAUAGCUCAAGAUCAACCGACGAAAGGGUUUCAGACCUGUUGGGUCGCAUGACUCUCGCCGAAAAAGCCGGACAGCUUUUUCAUACGAUGCUCCUUCCAGGACCGGAAGGAUCGCUUGCGCCAGCAGAGCUGAACUUUGGCAUUGAAGAUACGAAGUCGCUUCUUUCCGAAAAAUAUCUAAGCCAUUUCAAUCUUCUUGGGGCAAUUCAAGAUCCAUCAAUGAUUGCCAAAUGGCAGAACACCCUCCAGGAGUAUGUUCUGACUCAUACUCGCCUGGGAAUACCUGUUACUAUUUCCUCUGAUCCUCGAAACCAUUUCAACGAAAACGUGGGGACCGCGUUCUCUGCUGGCUCCCUGAGUUUAUGGCCCGAAACACUGGGCUUUGCAGCUUUACGCGAUACCAAGUUGGUCGAGCGAUUUGCCGAUAUCGCGAGGCAGGAGUAUAUCGCAAUGGGCUUGCGGGUUUCCCUUCACCCCCAAGUCGACCUAGCAACAGAAUAUCGGUGGGCCAGAAUCAGUGCCACGUUUGGUGAAGACGCAGAUUUAUCAGGGGAACUAGUCCAGGCUUAUAUUCGUGGCUUCCAGGGGGGCAAGGAUCUAUCUUCCACCAGCGUGUCAACAAUGACCAAGCAUUUCCCUGGAGGUGGCCCACAGUUGAAUGGAGAAGAUCCUCAUUUUACUUAUGGUCGCGAGCAAGUGUAUCCUGGAAACAACAUCGAGUAUCACCUGAAGCCCUUCGAAAAAGCUAUUAGUGCUGGUACCCGCCAUAUUAUGCCAUACUACGGCAUGCCAGUAGGCACUGAAUGGGAGGAAGUUGGGUUUGCAUUCAACAAAGCGGUGAUAACAGGCAUUCUCCGCAACAGGAUGAAGUUUCAGGGUAUCAUCUGUACCGACUGGGGCCUUCUGACGGAUACUGUCAUUCUAGGCCAGGCAAUGCCAGCACGCGCUUGGGGAUGCGAGAGCCUUUCGGAAUUGGAACGAGCCAAGAAAAUCCUCGAUGCCGGAUGUGAUCAAUUGGGAGGCGAAGCACGAACAGAUCUGAUUAUACGACUAGUCAAGGGUGGCCUUAUUCCUGAGUCGCGGAUUGAUCAGUCCGUAUCGCGCAUAUUGCGAGAGAAAUUCGACCUCGGGCUUUUUGAAAACCCAUUUGUUAAUGCGGAGGCCGCACAAAUGAUCGUUGGACAGCCUGCAUGGAAAGAAGAGGGCAAGGCAGCUCAAAGAAACGCAUUGACUCUCCUGAAAAACCAGAAUAGUGUUCUUCCACUUCGAAAGGAACACUACCUGGGUAAGAAGGUCUAUGUUGAAGGCGUCAGUCAGUCCUCUGCCGCAUCAAGAGGAUUUGAACUCAGCUCCUUGGAUGAGGCUGACAUUGCUAUCUUACGCCUGAAAUGCCCAUUUGAGCCUCGCCAGGGCGGCUUCGAAUCUCAUUUCCGUGCUGGCUCUUUGGAAUUCUCCUCCGAUGAAAAGAUUCGCCAAGCUAAGAUAUUCUCCAAGGUCCCUAUCAGCAUAGUGGAUGUGUAUCUUGAUCGUCCUGCUGUCAUUCCGGAAAUUGUGAGCCAGGCUAACGCACUGACAGUAAGCUAUGGUAGCAGUGAGGAUGCAUUCUUGGACGUUAUCCUGGGAUUUAAUGGGGCCAAGCCACAGGGCAGGCUUCCUUUUGACCUACCCAGCAGCAUGGAAGCCGUAGAGAAGAGCAAGGAAGAUUUACCCUACGACACAGAACUUCCCAUCUUCAAGUUUGGUUAUGGGCUAGAAUAUCUCUGA